AUGGCAACAUCAUCACAGUACGCUGAGCGCACCUACCAUGACACUUCGUCUCCAUACGUUCUACCCAAUGAUGCCCCGGAGCAAACUCGUCUCGAUGAACAAGCACUUGCCAUCGAAUCAAUACUGGGUGGGAAGCCGUUUCUCUUCAACCUGAGACUUCUCCCGAUCCAAUCAAAGAUUCUCGACAUCGGAUGUGGAACUGCAGUAGCCACUACCCGGCUCGCACGACAAUGUCCUUCUUCUUGGGCGUACGGGAUUGAUUUGUCUGCAGUCCCUGAUCAUGUCAAAGCUUCAGCUCCGACCAAUGUCACUUUUUUGAAAGACAACAUCAUGAACGAUCUGUCCGAGCAGGGACUCCAGGAACAAAGCUUGGAUUAUGUGUUUGGGCGUAUGUUGUUCCUCGCAAUUGACGACUGGAAAGAGUACUUCUCACGCGUCCACCACUUCUUGAAGCCUGGUGCCAUCGUAGAGCACCAAGAUUGCUCUUGGGAGUACUACCGCCAAGGUACGCAGACAAAGCUUAGCGGAAAUUGGUCGUGGCAUCAAGCAGUUCUAGAGGAGUCGCAGGCUAUGGGACUGGACAUCCUGGUUGGUGACCAUGCUGGGGAUCACAUGAAAGCCGCCGGGCUCGAAUUUUCGAUGGUGCCGUCCGAGAAGAAUAUUCCCAGCGCAGCGGUGGGUUACUAUGCGCAACGCACUCUUCUCAAGGCCUUCCCAGACCUUCUCAGAAAGAUACUGACAAAGCGGGACUUGUACUCUAAUGAAGAUGUUUCGAAAUUGACGAAGAAAUGCCUUGAGACUUCAUCAGUGGAGGAAGGGAUUUUUGUCAAGUACACAGUCCCCAUUGGGAGAAAGCCAGCUCAGGAGUAG